AUGGCUGGGUUGAAUGAAUCAACAAGACCCGUCGGCUGGGAUCACGAUCGGAAUAUCGAUGCCUCCCCCGAUCUCUCAGACAAGUCCGAACACGAUCCCAAGCUGAAGGACUUCGAUGUCGAGGGUCAGGGCCGCAAUGGCUCGCGAAAUGAUAUUACCGCCAUCGAUGGCUCCUCAACGACAGAGAGCGUUGGUCGCCAGAUUGACAUGGAAUCGGAGAACACAAUCAAAUAUCGCACGUGUAGUUGGCAAAAGACUGCCGCAUUGCUUUUCUCCGAGUACAUCUGCUUGGCCAUUAUGUCCUUCCCUUGGUCGUACUCAAUUCUAGGCCUUGUUCCUGGUUUGAUACUGACCGUGGUGAUCGCCGGUAUCGUGCUGUACACUUCGCUGAUCACCUGGAGAUUCUGUCUGCGACACCCAGAAGUCCGUGAUGUUUGCGACAUUGGCCAAUACCUGUUUUGGGACUCCAAGAUUGCAUGGUGGGCCACAGCAGUCAUGUUCCUUUUGAACAACACCUUCAUCCAAGGCCUGCACUGCGUAGUCGGCGCCGAGUACCUGAACACGAUGUCGGGCGGCGCAGUGUGCACAGUUGCAUUUUCCGCCAUCGUGGCCAUCAUCUCAUUCUUCUUCUCACUACCGCGCACAUUCAGCACUUUGUCCAAAGUAGCUACCCUCUCCGCGUUCUUCACCUUCGUCUCCGUCAUCCUGGCCUGUGUCUUCGCCGGCAUCGAAGAUCACCCCGCCGGAUACACCGCAGCCAAGGGCAAUCCCAUCGUCCUCGCCGUCCCAGCGAAGGGCACCACAUUCGUACAGGGCAUGAACGCAUUCCUGAACAUCAGCUACACCUUCAUCGGCCAGAUCACGCUCCCCAGCUUCAUCGCCGAGAUGAAAGAGCCGCGCGACUUCUGGAAGUCCGUGACAGCCGUGACAAUCGCCGAGAUCAUCGUCUUCAGUCUCGUCGGCGCCAUCACUUACAAUUACGUCGGCAACCAGUACAUGGUUGCUCCGGCGUUCGGCUCCAUCGGCGACGAUCUGUACAAGAAGGUCUCAUUUUCCUUCAUGAUCCCAACAAUCAUCUUCCUGGGCGUGCUAUACGCCUCCGUCUCCGCGCGCUUCGUCUUCUUCCGCCUGUUCGAUGACACCCGCCACAAGGGCAACAACACCGUUGUUGGCUGGGCUUCAUGGGCUGCCAUCCUUGCGGCGCUGUGGAUCGCAGCUUGGAUCAUCGCCGAGGUCAUCCCCUUCUUCUCCGAUCUGUUGUCCAUUAUGAGCUCCCUAUUCGAUUCCUUCUUCGGCUUCAUCUUCUGGGGAACGGCUUAUAUUCGCAUGCGGGCUGCAGACCACGGACCCCGGUUCUUUAUGGUUCGUGGCAUCCGCGGAUGGCUCGGGUUCAUCUUCAACGUUUUCUUGAUCAUUGUUGGUUUCUUCUUCUUGGGCCCUGGUACAUACGCUUCCGUGAUGGCCGUGGUAACCAGCUACCGCGAGGGCACCGUCGGUGGCGUUUUCACCUGCGCCAGUAAUGCUCUGUAA